AUGCCGAGUGCACCGUAUUGGGGCGAUCUGACAGGCCCCAAAUCCGCGAGACGUCAGCGACGACAAUCUGAAGACUUUAGUCUACCAGAUCGUAAAUCUUCUCCUGAUCAGCUGGAUCAUCCCGCUCCUGCCCCUCCUCCAAAAUCUAAUCGUACUUCUCUUCAAACGACAAACACCGAGGCUGUCACCGAAUCGACUCUCAGCCCCUACGCUUCGCCCACCGCCUCCAGCUUUGCAGGCCAACAAGGCCUUGCCCCGCGCCCGCCUACAUUCCCCUACGGCGAGUCUCAGUACCCAGAAGACCAGCAGGCUGAAAGGCGCCAGCGACGACGUAGAGAGCGCAACGAGCAGGAAGAGUUCUCAGUCCCCGAUCAGGAAUAUUAUCUCCCCGCGGGUGCCACGCCUCCAGCCGCUCCCGAUGUACCCAAGGGCCCGCCCGUGAGCUUCAGACAUCCGUACGGCAACGGAGGAUUGCCAUACACAUAUCCAUCCCCAGGCACAUCUCGUCCCCAACGGCAUCCUAGCCCGCUAGUAAGCCAAGACGACGACAUGGAUCCCGAGGGCUACUACAGAAAAUCCACGCCGGGGAGCGAACUGCCGCCGCCGCCGCCGCCGCCCGAGCAGAGGGCGGAAGAGCAAGAAGAGUAUCCGCCACUCAACCGCUCACAACAGACGCUCGAUACGACCAACGAGACGCGGCAGGCCCACGAACCCCGCGAACCCCGCAUAUCCCAGAGUUCAUCGAGGAGAAGGUCAGAAGGACAGGCGAGGAAGCCUUCGGGAGGAUCCAGAAAGUUCGCCAAUGAUCGCUCUCCACUCCAGAGGCUUGAGCUGACGCUCGACAGCAUCACCAAGGAGGAGAAGCGAGCUCGUGUGGAAGCGGCAGAGCGCCGUGCGAGAGAGAAGGCUGCCGCCGCGGCGGCUAAGAACCCCGAUCUUCUUCAGCCUCCAGAACCCUCACACCGCGCCCCGCGGUCACAACCGCCGCAACAGCCACACCACCAACAACCCCAGAAGGCAGUACAGCAACCGCCACUGAUAAAGCAAGAACCUCAAAGGCCGCUUCCAGAGCCGCCUCAGCAACAACCCCGGCAACAGCCCGCACCGGUUCCGCAAGUGCGGUUUAGCGACAUUUCGUACGAUGAGGAUGACUGGAGAGGCGCAGCGCCUGAGCAGCAGGCCAAUGUUGCUGCUCCUCGGGGAGCUCCUACACAGCACUAUGUCGACGAUAGGAGAUAUGCGCCUGCGCGCGUGUCACUUGACGAUGCGCGACGGCAGCCACGCUACGUGCCCGAAGAUGACGGACGGUAUGAAUCUGGUCACUACCAGCACAGAGCUCCUGCCAUGGCUACGGCGACGAGACAUCACCCUACAUAUUCUGGCGGCAUACCUCAGAGGAGUGUCAGCCUGCGCGAGGAGCCUAGACAGGCACCGGCGCCCAACUCAGGUAUUCCGAAGCGUAACCUGAGCUUCCGCGAGCGGGCCGCCAAGAAUGAUUUGAACUUGCCUACGGCACCUGUAGAAAGGAGUCAAAGCCCGGAGACCGAUCCCGAGCCUAUGCCGCCAGUUACCAAGUCUCGGCGGCCUAGCUGGUCUCUCACUCGGCGCGGAAGCAACAAGCUUAAGAAGCAGCCGAAAGGUGACCCUUGGUUCAAUAUUCGAAAGGAUGCCGAGAAGAAAUUUGAGGACAUUGAGGUCCGCAAUGCGGCUUUGGAUGAAUCUGCUGCUGCCAUGGGUGGCCAACCUGUUCAGCGGUCCGCGUCACUCGCCAUGCGUGAACAGGCAUUGCCCCGGGAAGCUCCUCAGGGGGAUGUUGGAAAAGCCGGGAUUCCCAGUAAAGCUGCGAGGCUAAUCGGAUUUGACAUGGGUGGUGUCCAACGGCGCGCCACCGCCCCUACGACUCACCGCAACUACGAUCAUGACAAUGGUGCUUAUUUUGAGCCUGUUGCAUCAGGAGGUCGAGGUGAGGAGUCUCAUCACCUUUCUCAUAAGGAAGCUGCGGAGCGUGGGAGACAGUAUGAUCGAGAGUAUUACUCUGACGAUGAGUACAACGAGCGCGGCCAACGUGUUAAUAAAAAACUAUAUCACGGCCGCGACAGCUUCCGUCCUGGUGAAGGCAUCUACAAGCCGCCCAAGUAUCUCGAUGAGUGGAGGAAGGCCACGGUCGGCAGCUUGUCUGGUUCUUUGCUUGAACUUAGCGACGAAGAACUCCCUGGGGCUGAUAAGAACACGCCUUGGUGGGAGGGAAGUGGGAAGCGUAGGGGAAGUGCCUCUCGGCCUCGCAAGGCAGAAGCUUUCGACGGCGAGUAUGAUGAGACAAAUGCACCCACAAGAUUCAAGCCGCCUCUGUACCUCAAGUGUGGCCCGCUGCUGAGAUACUGUGGGCUUAAGCACGAGAAGGUCCCUGCUCGUGCCAGGAAUACUGAAGCCACCGAGCGAACCUUGUGGCGCGGCUCAGUAAUGAUUGUGACCCAGGACAGCGACUCUUCCUACGAAAUUGCGCCGACCUUACGGCUGUUUGUGCAGCCGCUUGAAUUGCUCCCGCCCCCGCCACAGCUGAUCUCCGGAGAGCAAGAUCUCCCCCCAGAAUACGUGGACCCGAUUGCCGGAAUGCCGAAGCUAGGAAGAAGAGGAGAAACUCUCUAUGUCCGACCCGUAGACCACCUCGAAGAGGCCAAAGACCUAUCAAGGGAUGAAUCAGAUAAUGGGCUGUUCGAGAAAACGAAGAGCCCCCCUGAUAUCGCUCCCGCAGAUGGUUCUCUAGACUACCCUGGUUCCUUCUCAAGCCGCCGCAAGCGCGUCAAGAUUGACGGAGAGAAGGUCUCUAAGUAUAAGGAUGUUCGCGGGUUCCGACUGCACGCGGAGCGGGGCUACACGUUCUGGCGCUUCAACAUCGAAGUCGAACUUCGCGAGAAACAGCAGCGUAUCGCUUAUCGCAUUAACCGAGGUCCGUCCAUGGGCUUUUGGGUCCCGGCUGCAGGAGAAUCUAUGAACAUCAUGUUCUAUAGCUGUAACGGGUUCAGCAUGAGUGUUAAUCCCGACGAUUUCAGCGGCCCUGACCCCAUGUGGCGCGAUGUUCUCAACACACACCAGUCUCAGCCGUUCCAUGUCAUGCUUGGCGGCGGUGAUCAGAUCUACAACGACUGCUUGAUGGAUCAGAGCAAGCAGUUCCGCGAGUGGCUCAUGAUCAAAAAUCCUCUUCACAAGCAUAACACGCCCUUUACUCCGACGAUGCAGGACGAGCUGGAACGGGCGUAUCUCGAGAGAUACUGCAUGUGGUUCUCGCAAGGUCUCUUCGGGUUGGCCAACUCUCAGAUUCCCAUGGUUAAUAUGUGGGACGACCACGACAUCUCUGAUGGUUUUGGCUCGUAUGCCCAUCAUGACAUGAACUCGCCGGUCUUUUCCGGCCUCGGCAACGUGGCUUACAAGUACUACAUGCUAUUCCAACACCAGAGCCUUCCGAAUGAAACAGAAGCGUCUGAGCCCAGCUGGGUACUCGGUGUCCAGCCUGGACCCUAUAUCAAUGAGUUGAGUCGCAGCUUGUUUAUAGAACUUGGCUCAAAGGUUUCUUUGCUAGCCGUUGAUGCGAGAACGGAAAGAACGGAAACCGAUGUUGUCAGUGAAGCUACCUGGCAGCAUAUCAUGGACCGUUGCUACGACGAGCUCCGGAACGGCAGGACCCAGCAUUUGCUUGUUUUGCUUGGUGUCCCGAUCGCCUAUCCCAGAUUGGUCUGGUUGGAGAAUAUUCUCACCUCGAGAGCAAUGGAUCCCGUCAAGGCUCUUGGCAAGCUAGGAAUGCUCGGUAACACCCUGAACCACAUCGACGGAGGUGUAGAGGUUCUCGACGACCUCAACGACCACUGGACUGCCAAGAACCACAAGAAGGAGCGAGAGAUUGUUAUCCAGGACAUGCAGGAUCUUGCAGCAGACAAGUCCGUAAGAGUUACAUUCCUCAGUGGUGAUGUCCACCUAGCAGCUGUCGGCCAGUUCUACGCCAACCCCAAACUCGGUCUACCGAAGCACAAGGACUUCCGCUACAUGCCCAACGUCAUAUCAUCGGCUAUCGUCAACACACCCCCUCCUGAUUUGAUGGCAGACAUUCUGAACAAGCGUAACAAGAUCCACCACUUUGACGACUCCACCGAGGAGAACAUGAUUCCAUUGUUUGGCCACGGAGUCGAUGGAAAGCCCAGGAACAACAAGCAUCUGCUGCCGCAUCGCAACUGGUGCGCCAUCCGAGAAUGGACUCCUGGCGCUACGCCGCCGCCCACACCGCCGCUGUCGGCCUACGAUAGAAGCCCUAGUCCCCCUGCUAGCCGUGGUGGUCUUUUGCGGCGUUUCUCCUCUAAUAAAGGUCCCGCUUACCGGCCUGACAUCCAAAAAGACUCUCCAAGAGACUCUUCCCGGCCCCCUAUUUCCAACAGCGGCAAGGCCGGAGGCUUGUUCAGAAGGCUUUCACGCCGUAACUCGACCGAUGGAGCCCGUCCGGCGGAACUCAGCAAGCCGAAGCGUUCAAUGUCAUUGACGCGCAACUUCUUCAGUCGUCGGGGCAGCAAGAAGGCUCAGCCUGACGACGGGGGUAUCAAUGGUCAAUGGGGAGAAGAAGAUAACGACGCUAGCUCAGUUGAAGAUGGUCAUUAUGGCUAUGACCAAUACGAUGACAGGCCGGCUGUGCAACCACGGGUUAGAGGUAUGGGUCUGCGUGGAGGUGGUGGCCACGACGAAUACCAGUCGGGAGACGAUUCGUACUUUACGGCUCGCCCCGCCACGCGAUCAAGGGGCGCACCUAUCCGCGGGGUUCCACAAUACGACGAGUACCAGCCUGGUGACGAAUCGCAAUUUACCGCUCGACCACCGCCUCGCGCACGCACUAUGAGCCACGAGCGCCAGGCCGCGCUGCCACCGCCCAAGCCGUUCCAUCGCACGCCGACCGGCUUGUCGGUAAAGCAGCAGAAGAACUCCGAUAGGUUUGCCGUUGAUCUCGAAGGCGGUCUGGAUAUAUGCCUCAACGUUGAGGUCAACCCCAAAGACCCCACGGGCAUCACAACACAGUACCGGCUCCUUGUUCCCAAGCUUUUCUGGGACGACGCAAAGGAGGGUGCGACCCUGCAGCCACCUGCUCCGGCGGGCUUCAAGCGGUUCUUCAGUCUGAAGAAGAAGGAUACCAAUGCUCCACCUCCCGAGGAGUUGGAGGCCGGCGAGGAACAGCGUGACCCAUCGGGGUCGGGACCAGGCAGACCGUACACGGCGGUGCCCCCCGCUGGACGGGAGCCUGUGUAUGACGUACCGAGAAACGCAAGAUACGAGUCGCCAGGGGGAUUGGACUCCCCACGUACAUAUGAGUCGUCAGCGCGGUAUGACUCGCCUGUGGGUUAUGAGCAGCAAGCAACGAGGUAUGAGAGAAGAUGA